AUGGCUGAUACAAAGUUUAUAGCUGAAGGAGGAUCAUCACAUAGGCCUCCUUACUUUAAUGAUAACAACAUGUGGUCUGUGGUUGAAAAUGGCAACUACACACCAAUGACUACUGCAACAGACACAGUUGCGUCAGUUCCAAAAAUUCAGUCACAAUGGACAAAAGAAGAAAACGACAAGGUACUACUAAACUCUAAAGCUCAAUUUAUAUUAUCAUGUGCUCUUAGCAGGGAAGAAUACGACCGGAUAGAAGAAUGCACAACUGCCAAAGAAAUCUGGGAUGCUCUCAAAAUACAUCAUGAAGGAACAAAUCAUGUUAAAGAAGAAAGAAUUGAUCUAGGAGUCAGGAAAUUUGAAACCUUUGAGAUGAAGGAAGAAGAAACCAUAGAUGAAAUGUUCUCUAGAUUCACUAUAAUUGUCAAUGAACUAAGAUCACUGGGAAAAGCUUAUUCUGCUCAUGAAAGAAUUAGAAAAAUUCUAAGAUGUCUCCCAAAGAUUUGGAGACCUAUGGUAACAGCUAUCUCACAAGCAAAAGAUCUAAAGAUUUUACAAGUUGAAGAACUUAUAGGAUCUCUUCGUGCUCAUGAAAGUAUCCUCAAUGAAGAUAAACCACAAAGAAAAGGUAAAAUGAUAGCUCUUAAAACCUCUCAUAAUUCUGCAUCUCAAAUCUCCACCUCACAAGGAAUAACUGAAGAAGAGACCGGAUUUCUAUCUGAGGAUGAAAAUGAUUUGGCUUUAAUCUCUAGAAGAAUUCAACAAAUGAUUUUAAAAAGAAAUCAAAACAGAAAGUCAUUUCAACCCAGGAAAGAUUACCAGAAACCUGAGAUUGAUAAAAGCAAGAUUACAUGUUAUGGAUGCAACAAAUUUGGACACUUCAAAACAGAAUGCCCACUCAAAACUCAUAGGAAUUUUUCCUCUAAAAAGAAAUCUAUGCUUGCACAAUGGGAUGACUCAGAGAACUCUAACUCUGAAGCUGAAGAUGAGGAAGCUAACCUAUGCCUGAUGACUAACUCCGAUUCUGAAGAGCAUCAUUCUCAAUACGCUGGAGGUUUUGAAUCAGAUCAUCCUUAUUUAUCCAAAAUCCCUUCAGUCUUUCCAUAUAUCCAUACUCCAUCAUCCAAGCACUCUUGA